CAUUUUAAAAGUACUUCUGAAAGCAAUGAAACAUUUUCUUAUUUUUAUAUGGGUGAUCCCAUUAACAUUAUCUGAAUUUGACUACGGCAAUAAAGGGGACCUCCUAGAUGUGCAGUGGUAUGACAAUGGUGUAAAAAACUGUAAACCUGGGUCGAUAAGUGACAGCAAUGGAUUCGGUCGCUCCAUUUGUCGUCUUAGUGCCAAGAGAAACAAAAAAAAUAAAAAUAAAAAGAAAAUUAAAGACAUACUAGGCGCUCACAAAAAAGAAAAGUGUACAGCCACAGGUCGAUUCAAAGGUCCCGAUGAGUGCAACUGGUGCUUCUGCGACAAAGGCGCCACCUUCUGUACAGCGAUGAGAUGUGAAAAGAAAACAAAUAAGACGAAAUUAAUGACAGACAUCGAAACCUGUGCGAAUAAACCUAUGGGCAGGUUCAAGUCUGAAGAUGGCUGUAACUGGUGCUAUUGUGUCGACACGAACACACCGAUCUGUUCGGACAUAGAGUGUGUGAAGAUCCUUUCAAAACCAAAGGCACUUUCCAAAACGAGAGAUUCAAACGUCUGUAGAGCGAAGGAGAGAAAGCCAGGGAGAUAUCUCAACCUAGACGGUUGUAACUGGUGCUACUGUAUCUCUUGGCAUCCAUUUUGUACCAUUAUAAAGUGUCCCAAACACACCGGAUCCUCAGACAACGAUGUCCAGACACAGUUCAUCUUCCGUAGCGGAAACCUCAACUAUGUCUCUAGUGGAAGUUAUACUAUCAUCACACUAACAGCUGGAAGCAAAAAUUCCAGUUCAACCGAUUUUCAAACUAAAUCAAUAUUGCCGGAUUCUUUUCAAGAUUUUGGCAAAAAAUUUUUCAACGGUACCAAUCCUUUUAAACCUGAUGAGCAUUCAAGUAAUAUAAAUUAUGAAGCAUAUAGAUAUCUGUCGGGAAAAGAGAAGAAAUUGAAUAAGAAGGGGUUGAAAGUGCCGAAGAAAUUUAAUUGGUUUCCUGAUUAUACUAAUUUAGAUUACACGGACAACUUAUUGCCUAAGAAGAUGGCCUUGAAAAGGAAGUUGAAGUUGAAAUCAUUGAAAGGAUUGGCGCAAGAGUGUAAAGCGGGGAGCAAGUUCAAAGACCCGUUCGGAUGCAACUGGUGCACUUGCAUAGAAGACGGCGUUGUUAUUUGCGACAAUGAUGAUUGUGGGACUAAAAUUAAUAAUUAAUAAUAUAAGUAAAUGAUUAAAUAAUUUAAUUAAAUUUUGAUUAUUAGGAGAUUACAAAGGUCCAAACCCACAGCUUUUUUCUAUAGUUAGCAAAGCCAUCUAUUUUUCUAAAAGAAUUGUAAAUUUGCAACCCACUGUUUUUAGCUUUUGAUGUAGGUAAUUAUCGAGAAAUUUUAAAAAUAUACCUUUUUUUAAUAU